AUGCCGCCCGACCCACUCAAGGGGCCUUCCCCACCUGUAUCCACAGACAGCGGUCGUUCACUCCGCUCCCCUCAAAAGCCACAGACACCUCGUUCUACACGCUCAUCCGCCUCGGCGACCUCAAAACCAAUGCACUCCCACAACGAAAAGCCACCGUCCUCGACAACCUCGCGCCAGUCACCCCAGCGCAAAGCCGACGCUCCUCGCAAGCGCAAGCCCACAUUCGUCUCCUGCAUCACCUUUCCGGAGAACAUGCCCAUGCCAGCGCCCGCAGUCAAGGAGGAAGGCGAGCCACAGCGCAGCCAGCGCAAGUCAAAAGUCGACGCUCUUAACAAGCUUGAUCGGGCGGGUACGCCCACGACGGUGGCGGCUGGUCCCACUGCGACAUCCUUUGUUCCACCACCACCGCCGCCAGCUGGACCAUCCGUCACUCGCAACCCACUCAAACGUCUGCGUGUCCCCAACCCGCCCUUUGACCUGGCCUCGGUGCGCACUCGUGCUCCUCCCGGCGUCGACGACGGCGACCACCCAGGCCCGAGCCAUGAGCCCCGUGCGUUCGACUUGCCAACAUGUCCGACCUAUCACCCGACGCCCGAGCAGUUCCGCGACCCGAUGGCAUACGUCGAGAGCAUCUCACCCGAAGCCAAAAAGUAUGGUAUCUGCAAGAUUGUCCCACCCGAGGGCUGGCAGAUGCCGUUUGAGCUCGAGACCGACCAGUUCCGCUUCACGACACGUCUGCAGCGUCUCAACUCGAUCGAGGCCGCGUCUCGCGCCAAAAUCAACUUUCUCGAGCAGCUCAGCAUGUACCACAAGCAGCAGGGAGAUGCCAAGGCCCACAUCCCUAUCGUGGACCACCGGCUCGUCGACCUGUGGCGACUGCGCAAGGAAGUGAACAAGCUCGGUGGCAUCGAUGAAGUCAACCGUCUCAGAGCGUGGACCAAGAUCACCGAGAUGCUUGGCUUCAACGCGGCAUCCAUGCCCCAGAUCAAGUCAUCAUACACCAAGAUCAUUCUUCCCUUUGAAAACUGGGCUUUACGAGCAAAGUCAUAUCCCGAGUCACCCUUGACUCCGCUGCCAGGCAGUGCGAACGGCAAGCCGCCUCCGGGCUCGGGAGUCCAGGCGACGCCGGAUACGCCCACAGUCGCGGCGACCGGCGGACGUACAGCCGGGAUGCGAACCUCGCCACGCGGGCGCAUGUCUGCGCUGGCUGGCGGCCCAGGCGGAUCGGCACUUGCUGCUGUGAUGACUGCUGCCGACAACCAGCCAGAGGCAGGCCCAUCAAACUCAUCAGACUCGGGCCUCGCCGCUCCGAUCCGCAUCAAGGUGCCAGUGAUCCCAUCCAGCCAGCGAAGCACUCGCAGCAGCCAGAGCAGUGACUCGGAGCUCACGGAGCUUAGCGAGGAGGAGUCGACACGCACAGGAGGAUCGCAGACAUCUACCCCUGAACAGCCAACAAAGUACGAAAAGGGCGACGUAUGUGAAAUCUGCACAUUAGGCAACAAUGCGCCAAAGAUCCUUCUCUGCGACGGAUGCGACCGAGGGUUUCACACUUUUUGUCUGGACCCCCCACUUCAGGCGAUUCCCACCAACGAGUGGUACUGCACGGCCUGUCUUCUUGGUAACGGGGACGACUAUGGGUUUGACGAGGGAGAGGAGCACUCCAUUCCGAGCUUCCAGGCGCGUGACGCCGCCUUCACCAAAGCAUGGUUCAACCGCUACGUGCCCACCCACUCGCCAGCCUCGCCGCUCACGCGCAAGAUUGGCAACGCCACCGUCAACGAGCGUGAUGUGGAGCGUGAGUUCUGGCGGCUAGUCGAGAGCCAGGACGACACGGUCGAGGUUGAAUAUGGGGCCGAUGUCCACUCUACCACCCAUGGCAGUGCGGCUCCCACGCUGGAGACCAACCCGUUGAGCAAGUACGCAAAGGACCCAUGGAACCUCAACAACAUUGCCAUUGUCCGUGACUCGCUCCUGCGAUACAUCAAGUCGGACAUUUCGGGCAUGACUGUCCCGUGGAUCUACGUUGGGAUGCUCUUCUCGGCGUUCUGCUGGCACAACGAAGACCACUACACCUACAGUGUCAACUACAUGUUCUGGGGCGAAACCAAGACAUGGUACGGCAUUCCCGGCGACAGCGCCGAGAAGUUUGAGGAGGCGAUCAAGAGCGAGGCGCCAGAGCUCUUUGAACGCCAGCCGUCGCUUCUGUACCAACUCACCACGAUCAUGAACCCGGGACGGCUGCAAGAGGAAGGCGUGCCCGUGUACGCGUGCGACCAGCGACCAAACGAGUUUGUCAUCACCUUCCCCAAGGCAUACCACUGCGGCUUCAACCACGGCUUGAACUUUAACGAGGCGGUCAACUUUGCGCUGCCGGACUGGCUUGCCCUCGGCUGCGAGUCGGUCGAGCGGUACAGCUUGCACGCCAAACCUUCGGUCUUUUCUCACGAGGAACUCUUGAUCACCAUUACGCUCUACUCGGACACGAUCAAGACGGCUCUGUGGCUGCAGGACAGCCUGCGACUCAUGGUCGAAGACGAGUCGGCACGACGGAAAAAGUUGCGGGCGGCCCUCCCUGACCUUGUCGAAACGCUUAGCGAGGAGGACGUUCCCGAGGAGGAGUACCAGUGCUACGUGUGCAAGGGCUUCUGCUACCUAGCGCAGAUGACCUGCUCGUGCACCAAGCUCGUUUCCUGCCUGGAGCACUACGACUUGUUGUGCUUGUGCCCGACCGCGAAGCGGACGCUGCGCAAACGCUACUCGGAGAACCAGCUGGAGGACAUUCUCGACAUUGUCGUGGCUCGCGCUGCCCAGCCUGAUCAGUGGAGCAAGCGCGCCGACGCCGCUCUGGCUGUUGCCCGCCCGCAGCUCAAAACUAUCCGCCAGCUCGUUGCCGACGGAGACCGCAUGCCCCACGACCUGCCCGGACUGGAAGACCUCCGUGCGUUCCUCGACCGCGCCAACGCAUGGGUCGACAAGGCCACUGCCGUCUGCACCCGCAAGAGCACCGGCCGCCGCCGCAAGGGCCGGCAGAGUGAGCCUACUGCCACGGUACUCGAUGACGACGACGUGGACCGCAGUGCUGUCGCGAUCAACGCGCUGCUUGACGAGGCCAGCAAGCUGGCCUUUGACGCCCCCGAGAUUCUCCAGCUGCGCCAGAUGAUGUCCUCCCUCGACGGGUUCCGGGAGCAGGCCAAGGCGAUCCUGGCGACGUCGGACCUGGACCUCGACUAUGAGCAGUGCAAGACUGCGCUCAUCCUUGGCCAGAGCCUGAACGUCGAGCUCCCCGAGGUGGCUGACCUCACCAAGAUUGUGGCUCGCCUUAGGUGGUACCACAAGGUCGAGGAGGAGGUUGACGACCGUACAUUGCAGUACGACGACAUUGUUGGCCUCCUCGAGCAGGCCGACGAGUACGAGGUGCCGCCACACCACGCCGGUGUGGUUGAGCUGCGCCGUCGCGAGAAGAAGGGCCGCGAGUGGAAGGAGGCUGUCGACCAGCUCCUCGCCUCGCCCAAGAUCUCCAUCGACGCCGUGUCAGCCCUUAUCGAGGGUCAAGAGUACACUCCAACGUCCGUUGAGACAAUGCGCCAGCUGGAGAACAUUCGCAAGACGGCGCAGAGCUGGCAGGCUACCGCGUCCAGCUUGCUGCAAUCGCAGGGCACUGUCGGCUCGGCCACGCGUCUGUGCAAGGCCGUCCGAACCGCUUCGGGCCCCCUCAAGCGCAUCGACAUUCCCGAGAUUGCCGACCUGCAAGCUGAGAUUGACUUUAACAGCAAGUGGCUCGCUGGCGUCGCCAAGCACCUCGGUGUCCAGGUCAACAAGGUCCACACAUCACUCACUAACCUCGUGCGCGAGAUUGAGGACCACCUGGCGAUUGACGACGACUACCCCAAUGGCCACCACGCGUGUUUCUGUCGCUCGGCGCCCCAAGGUCACAUGGUGACCUGUGGAACGUGUCUCGGCGAGUACCACCCCAAGUGUGUCGGCAUUACAGUCAAGUCUGCGUCAGGCAUUGCUGCGGCCGCGCGCAACUUUGAGUGCCAGAUGUGCCAGCACUUGCAGUACGACGACCGACCGUCGUUCAAUGACCUCGCGCACUAUGCCGACCCCGUCAAGUGGGACUUUGUCCUCCGUCCAUCCGAGGUGGACUUGCUCGACUCGACGCUCCAGUCUGUGGUGCGGUACGCGAGCCUCGUGGUCCCGAUCAUCGACCCGUUACGGCCUGCCGCCAAGCCGACGCUCCAGCAGAUCGGCCACCUGUUGCGUAAGAUCUGGACACUUCCCGUCCAGCUCGACGCGGUCAACGUCGCGACCAAGGAGCACGUCAUUUUCGAGGACUGGCUGUACCGCAAGAUGCGCGACACUGUCGACGGCGGUCCGGCGACCAAGUCGACCAACACCCGUUCCCGUGCACGCAAGCCAAAGUUUACCUUUACCAAGGCAAACCCCCAUACGUUUAGCUGCCUCUGCACCGCCGAGCCGCUCGACCACUUGCUCACUGUCGUGUGCUCCAAAUGCGAGCAGGGCUUCCACCUCUCGUGUGCGCAGGCGCCUAUCAGCGUUGCCAACUCGACGUCGCGGGGUGGGUGGCGCUGCCCCUUCUGCACCGUCAAGAGCGGCAAGGCUCCCCCCCGUGGUCUCGACCUGCGCGUGCAACUGUCCGACAAGAUCGGUACCCAAGAGUAUGUCGACUGGCGUAAAGUGCUGUUCACGUAUUCCGAGGACCCCAUCCCCGUCAUCUUGCCCGACAACCCUGCGUGCAUCACCCUCGAGGCGACUCGCUUCCAGGGCCCCUCGUUGCCAGACAACUUUGAGCGUCCAGUCUGGACAGAGGCUGAGGAGACUGACGGACGUCGCAAGCGCCGCAAGACGGACUCGGUCCUUCUCCCUGCCGUCGGUAAUGGUAGCGUCGCUGGGCCGUCGAGCGCGAGCCCCAGCCCAGUCGUCAAGCCCAUGCUGGCGCCCCCGCCUGCGCAUGCCGCUCCUCCUCCACCGCCACACCAGCUCUUAGCCCCGCUCAGCCCUGCACCCUCGCACUCGUCAACAGCGUCGUCGUCGUACCACCCGGCACCCAACCAGCCGGCGCAGAACGUGCGUUCCAACGGACGCUUGUUCUACCCCACCCACUCGAUCGUCCCGUGGUCCAACUCGAACAUGUUCUCGCAGUUCCAGCUGAACGGUAACGGCUCGGGCUCUGCCUCUGGCUCGCCCCCUGCCGGUGCGCCCAGCGCGCCAGGCGCGCCCAUGCACGCGCGCUACCCCAGCUCGGCGUCGCCCCCUUCCCACCACGCACCCGCACCGUACCCCGGUGCGUCGUCGUCGCGCGCCCAGCCAGUGACCGCCACGGCCUACCCGACCGCACCCGGUGCCGCGCCGUACCCGACACACGCUAUGGCUACGGUCCCCGCAAAGCGCGCGUACGCCGACGCGGCGGCGGACAGCCUGCACCCGGCCGACGCGUAUGCCGACACCCUCCCGCCGCCGGCCAAGCGCUCAUCUCAUGCCAGCCCUUCGUCGCGCUCGCCUCCUCAGUACGAGUGA